AUGGCCACCAAUUUCUACCCUCCAGGCGCCGUCAACGGUCGGCUCCACGGCUUCGAGUUCACCUUUGAGUCCACCCCCGACAAGACAUCCCUGCACGAUAGCUUCUUGGAACCCGAUCCCGAUCCUCAAGAGGGGGAGACGGACUCUUUGCCGGAUAGCGUGGAAUGCUUUCCUCGUCACUUUGGCAGGACUUAUCACGCUUACCAGGCCGGAUCCUAUGUUUUUCCAAAUGAUGCAGCCGAACAAGAGCGAUUAGACCUUCAAUCUCUUGCACUUACGGAAUUAUUUAACGGCAGAUUACAUUUCGCCCCGAUAAAUGAGAAAGGCACACCCAAACGAAUUCUCGAUGUGGGCACAGGAACGGGCGCGUGGGCGAUGGAUAUGGGAGACAGCUACCCAGAAGCUCGCAUCAUUGGAGUAGACUUGUCACCUAUCCAAAGCAAUGCGGUGCCACCAAACGUCCAUUUUUAUAUUGAAGAUGCCUCCCAAGAGUGGGCAUGGCCUGACCCCUUCGAUUACAUACACACACGCGUCCUCCUCGGUUCAUUCGGCGAUUUCAAAACCGAAGUUAUUCAACAAUCAUUCGACGCUCUACGCCCAGGUGGCUGGCUCGAGUCUCAAGACUUUAACGUCGAAGCGAUCAGCGACGACGGCACUCUGUUGCCAGACAGCCCUCUAGCUCGCUGGGUGUAUGACAUGAACCACGCAAGCGAGCUCAUCGGACGGCCCUUGGCCAGAGCGCACCUGCUGAGGCAAUGGUACGAAGAGAUUGGGUUCGUCGAUGUGCAUGAGCGUGUAUUCAAGAUCCCCUUGAACGGAUGGGCGAAACACCCGAGACACAAGCAUGUCGGCAAAUUAUGGGAACAGAACUUUCUUGAUGGGCUGAGUGGCUUCAGCCUGGCCUUAUUUACGCAAGUUUUGGAGCGAAAACGGGCGGAAGUAGAGUUGUCUUUGGUAGGCGUACGGAAAGAUAUCAGCAACAUACAAAUCCACGCUUACCAGCACGUUUGGGUUGUAUGGGGCCGAAAGCCAUAUCCGGAGGAAGUCACUGCUGCCGGCCCCUCCGAGGACAGCAUGGCCGAAUAA